AUGAGCCCAUUGACGAGCUCGGUGCGACCUGAUUGGUGGUGGAGGCCCUUGCUGCGUACUCGCUGGCACAGAUCGGCGGACCGCUGGAUCUCUGCCCCGCCACAGCAGCCUCAUGAAGUCUGUGUGAAUCAGUUUCCUUGGCUGUCGGAUGAGGGAUACUGGUCUCCCUCUUCCUCCCUCCCCUCCUCCUGUCCCCCUGUCAUCGCGGUGGCAGCGGCAGACAUCUGGACCACUGUCACGGUUGACACGGUUGGUUGA